AGCUGCCCUGUGGCAAUGCCGCGAAGGCGCGGUGGUGGCGGUGGUGGCGGUGGUGGCCUACGCCAGGCGCCCGCUGCAUCCGUGCCCUUGGCGAGCCCCAGCUACUACGAAAGGGUGGGCCAGCUCCAGCAGGCUCUGCGGGACAGUGAGAAGAAGAGACUGGACCUGGAAGACAAGCUUUAUGAAUAUAAUAAGUCUGAUAAGUGCAGAGCUAAGCUGAAAUGUGCAAAACUAAAGAAAUAUCUGAAGGAAGUAUGUGAGUCUGAAAGGAGGGCUCAGGUUCGAAACCAAGGCUAUUUAAAGAAGUUCGAGUGUGUCCAGUCGCUUGUUGAACACUUGACCACAAAUACGGAGAAGCUUCAGAAACUGAAGGCUGAAUAUGAAGCUGAAAUGAAGAGGCUGCGCCUCCUGUCAAAGGACAGCCUGGGAGCGAGUGACAAAGACCAAGCAAAGGAUGCAAUGCAGGCAGGAAUUAACUCGGGGACAGCUAUGUCAAGAGGAUUGUAUCAACCAGCAACAAUCUUUAUGGGCCGCCAAAUGUCAGCCAUCUCAAGCAUUGAAGAUUUCAGUACAGAGCAGAAAUCUAACCAACCCACAAAGAACUUUUCAAUCUCUGACCCACAUUCACACCAACAGACAGCCCAGAGCAGCUGUGUGACAGACAGCUGUGUAGUGCAGACUAAUGGUGACACACAGUGCUUAAAUAAGUCUGACAAAAUACAUGGAAAGACAUCUCUUCAGACUGGUGAGAAAACGCCAGUCACAAGCUGUGUAUUGUCUGAGGGAGAACAAACUCAUUGCUUGGAGAUAGGAAGCACCACACGUCACAGCAAGAGUAAUUUAUCUGAAGGCAGAAAGUCUGCUGAACUCCAUUCCUUGCUACAGGGAAGAUUAAGUCCAGAGAACAGAAUCACUGAUUUAAAGUAUGACAGUUCCAGCAGAUCAGAGGGAUCAGACAGAGAAAUACUGACACAAGAACAUAUUGAAGUCGAGGAAGAAAGAGCCAACCCGCUGGUCCCCAUGAUAUCAGUUUCAGAACACUGUCUAUCUGCAAAGAAGUGGGCUGGAGAGAAGCAUUCUGCUUGGGAAGCUUUCUCAGAUGAUCUUGACCAUGGGGACCCGAAGUCACAGAAGUCCUUCCUAAAAAUUCAGGAAGAACAGGAGGAGGACAGCUCAUGCAGCAGCAGUGACCUCACAGUUUCUGUGAGUGAGGACGAUCUGAUUUUAGAGAAUCUGGAGGCACUGUUGAAUCCAGGAGCCAAGAUGGCGGGUAAAGAUGUAAUGCAGGCCUCACCAUCAGUCCGCACUGAACCGAGACAGGAUUCAAUCUUCACUGACUAUGUUUUGCAGACCCAAAGCUUUCCUGAUUCAAAAAGGGAACCCUCCCCAGACUCAGCACGACAAGCUGAAGCAGUACCAGAUUGUCACUUAUUGAAGACACAAGGGCAGUGUACGAAGGAACAUGAUGAUUCUCUUAAAGAGGCAACAACAUUAUUGAAAAAAGUCUUUACAGAAGAAUGUGACCACAGGUCAGCUAUUCACAGUAAUGAAUCAUCUUGCAGCAUGCCAUCUAUUCUGAAUGACAAUAAUGGAAUAAAGGAAGCAAAACCCGCCCUGCGUCUCAACAGUGUUCUUACAAGGGAACAAGAAGUUUCAAGUGGCUGUGGAGAUGAGAGCAAGGAAGAAGGCCCAGCUGCGGUCCCAGUCACAGGUGGCUAUGGGACGGAAGGACACAGAGAGGCAGACCUAGUACCCUCAGAACUGUUUCCGUUCAGCUUGGGAACAGCCAUGAAAGAAACCAAAGCCUACCAGUUACUGAAGAAGUCUACCCUUCAGGAUAAUUCAAAUCAAGCUGAAGAGAGAUUUGAAAGUCAGUUUUCAAGUUUGGAUAUUGGCAGCAGCACGUUCAAGACAAAGACAGCCCACAAAAUCGCCUCGGAAGCUAGUUUUUCAUCCAGUGAAGGAAGUCCUUUGUCAAGGCAUGAAAGCAAAAGGGACCCAGUGACCACCAUAAAGUCAAAUGCCUUCUGGGGGGAGUCUGAUGACAGUAACUCAGAAAUUGAAGCUGCUCUACGUCCUAGAGACCAUGACACGCCCGAUGAUUUUGAUGAUUUUUAUGACACAUAAGCCGUUGCAUGCUUAGAAAUAAAGUCUUUAAAACAAA